AUGGUCAGAACCAGAGGAGAGAAUCCGAGAGGCAUCCAAAGCCCACUGACAAGCAUCGGGAACCAGCAUGUCUGUCGCUCUCGACCAACCCCAUCACCACCGCGAGGAGCCGCCUAUCCUCCUGGGAUGCAGUUUUUCUAUGACGAGUACGUCGGUCUUUACGACGAUGACGUCUCAACUCUGGACCUGGAGGGGUCAGUUCGCUCCCCAUCUUCAUCCGGUGUAAGAGCGGCGAUUCGCUCGCCGUCCGUUGCAUCGGAUGUCAUGGUUUAUAUUGGCGAUGAUGGUGAAGAAGGCGAUGAUGAGAGUCAAUUCUCCGAGCCAGCUGUCGAGACCAGACUGUCGGAUGACGAGGAAGAUGAAGGCAACGCCAUCGUCAUCUCAGAUGAUGACCGCACGAUUAUUAGCAUCUCGUCGAAAUCAGAGAGCGAGUCGUCAGACGACGACAUUUCGGAUCUGGAUCUUACCGCUGGAGACAACGAUGACGAGGACGACGAUGAAGACGAAGACGACAACAGAACUAGUCCCGUUCCCUUCUCCAUCUCCUCCUCUCCAUCCACGAACCACACCAAGUCUCCAAACCGAACCAUCGCCGCCUCUCCUCCCCACAGAAACGUCUCUCCAGACCAUACCAUCUCAGUUCCUCCUUCUCCCAGCCAAUCCAUCUCCAAUCCCCCUUCUCCAGACCGCACCAUCUCCGUCCCAUCUACUCCCAACAACCAGGAAGAUGGACCAGCCGCCGAUCGAGACCAGAAGGAGUCACCCUCUCCUCUUCGUCUCCCAAGAGACACCUACCAGGACGACAAGGACGAGGACAUGAGCGACGACGGAAUUGUCGAUUUCCAAGGACCCGACCUCCCUCCCUACGUCAAUCAAGCACCAUCCCACUUCGUCCGAGCAUACAGAGGUACCACUACCAUCUGGAGCGUCGUGGAGUGGGAGAGAGAUGGACCAGCCAUUCUGGCGGAGGAGGCUGCGGAGCGAGAGAAGGAGAGGUUGCGCCGGAGACGUCGCGCGAAUAAUAGCGGACAGAGCAGAUUAGCGAGACAGCGGGCUUGGAGACAGCGUCAGCGCGAGGGGCCUCGAGCACGUGUGAAUGGUAGAUUUGCGUAG